ACCUCCUCGUCUUCUUCAACCACCACCACCACCACCUCCACCAUCGCUACCACUCAGUACCAGCGUCUCCUCGUAUACUUCCUCCUCGUCGUCCUUCUCCUACUGUUCUCUGGGCAUUGUACAUUGUCCACCAAAACCCAUACGUCACUCAACCCUGUCACCUCUCGCAAUUGCUGGCCUUUCCCUUGAGCCCACGGAUACUCCCCCCAACUUGACUCUCAGACAAACUCCAAUUUCGGCUCCGACUUCAACCCCAUUGUGCUCCUUGACUUUUGGUCCCGUCUUCACUAUGCGACCUCUUCCUCGGCCGUUUUACUCUACCUUACCAUACCACUCCCCAAUACCAUCACAUUUUGACUCUGCUGCCUUCUUACCAUCAAAGCAUUGCAUUCGGGCCCCCAGUUCCGCUUCUACGGACAACCUCUCAGCUGUCGCCCUUAUGCCUAUCCACCCUCCCCCUCGUCUUUGUUGCUUCGACACAUAACGCCGAAUAUGACAACUGUGCGAGCCCUGUUCAUCUCUUCUAGCAGUACCUACGCCUUCGCUCCAUGUACG